UGUAUUUGUAAAUGGACCCAAAUAUUGCUAGUGUCUGCUCUGAUUAAAAGUUGUUUUAGAUAUAACAAUAUUUAAAAUUCAAUUAGCAUUGUAAAGUUGAUUGUUGAAUAUAUUCAAUUAUGCCGACGUACGAGUUACCAUUGUUACUUCGCAUUAUGUCUAAGAAGGAAAUUGCAAGUACACUAAAAAGAACGGCUACGGCAAUAUUUGGUACAGGAGGUUUCAUUAGAAAAAUCGAAAAUCUUGGAAAAAAGGAAAUGCCAUAUAAAAUCAGUGCUCAUCAACGAGUGCAUCGCGAAGCUAAUUAUUUCAUAAUCUACUUCGAUGCCCCACCGAAAUCUCUAGAAGACAUAAAGGACCAUUGCACUCGUGACAUUGAUGUAAUUAGAAAUAGGAUAUAUAAACAAAAUGAGGUAGACGUUUCUACACCAUGCACAAUAAGUGAGGAUAUGAAGCCACCGACUUACAGAGCUGAUGUACAAAAGGUAAUGGAACAAACAAAGAGACGAGAAGCGAGAAAUAAGAAUAAAUUCAAAUAUAACUCUGGACUUGAUUAUUACCCGUUCUAAAGGAAAACCUAAAUAUACAUUACUCUGUACAUAUUAUAAAGUAGCAAGUAUUUACGUGUUUGCAAAAAUAAAAAUAUAUGAAUUAUGGGAAUAA